AUGGACGCCUUCUUCGCCUGGGACGUGAACUCGAAGAGUCCCUUGCCUGCAAUUCUUGCUGACACCUUGCUCUCGUCACAUGGGGAUGUUCCCCGAUCCUUUGAGGAGCUUCUCCAGAAUCCCUCUCCAACGACGCUUAACUUCAGAAUGGAAGGACAAGUUGGAACACUCGGACGCCAACAAUUUAUCCUGGGUCUGCCCUUGGUUCCGACCCGGUCCAGUCCUCAUCAGAUGUGGAGAUUAUCCGAACGUACCUGUAGACCCCAAAUCUUGCCCGGACCCUUAAUAAAGCCGAAGAUCGCCCAUUCUGAAGAUGGUUAA